UGUGCACUGGCUUGAUGCUAAAUGUCGCCAUCUUUUAUUAGAAAUGGGCAGCUGUGUUGUUAGUACGGAACAAUAACGAAAAUUUAACAAAAUAAACUACUAACGGAGUUUUUUAUUCUUCUACUUGUGGCUAAUUACAAGCCGGAAUGCCAAGGCGAACCAAAAAGAAAGAAGACAGCGAGGAUCUGCAGUCCUUCCUCAACAACUUUCACAAGGAGAUCGACGGUAGCAGCGAUGAGAAGGUUGUGGACACCAUUCUGAAGGCCAUUCGGGCCGAGGACGGCGACAUAGAUGAGGAGGACGAAGUGGUUGAUGAGGCAGCCAAGUCGACUCCGGAGGAACAGCAGGCAGACGAGGAUGCAGAGGAGGAAGAAGAGGACGACGACGAUGACAAGUACUUUAUCGACGACGAGGGCAAUUGCUACGUUAAAGCCACUCCCAAAAAACAGAAGGAGCUGCAAAAGAAGCUGAAGCAGGCAGCAGCAAAGCCCGUAAAAGCCACUCGAUCCGUCGUCAGUAAAACAACCAAUAAGUCCAUCAAUUUGCGCCCAGCAAAAUCGCCACCAAAAGCGCCAUCAAAAGCCGACACAUCAAAGCCUACUGCAGAAUCCAAGGCUAUUAGCGUUCGUCCGGCGCGAGCAGCUGCUGCCAAGUCCAAGCAGAUAGAUUUGCCACCUCCACCGCCACCAGCUGCGAAGGUACCGGCACCCAGAGGCAGGCCAAGAAAAAACCCGAUUGUGCCGAAGCCCGAGCCCGUUGAUCUGGAGCGGGAAAUCGAGGAGCUAGUGGAUGAUCCCGACAUCAAUGCCGUGGUCAACGAUAUGGCGGACUAUACAGUGGACAGUGCUGCCGUAGAAGCAGCAGCUACCACUGCCCUGAAACAAAACGAUAGUGAGGUGUAUGAGUUUGAAGACAAUGCGAUUGAGGACGCCGUGGAGGAACCAGAUGACAAGAAGGACCUCGACUUUGUGCCAAGCAGCAAAGAGGUUAAACUGAAGCCGGCUUCUACCAGUCAGAACGCAAGUGUUUCGGGACAAAAGUACUUGUGCCCUCACUGUCCGUAUACGGCCAACAAAAAGUUUCUGAUCGCGCGCCACUGCCGGAAUCAUGAUGUCGUGCCCGCCUUCAAGUGCUCCAUCUGCGAGAGAUCCUUCCGAUCGAACGUCGGUCUGCAGAAUCACAUCAACACGCACAUGGGUAAAAAGCCGCACAAGUGCAAGUUCUGCGACAGCGCCUUCACCACCAGCGGCGAGCUGAUCCGGCACACACGCUACAAGCACACCAAGGAGAAGCCGCACAAGUGCACGGAGUGCAGCUACGCCAGCGUAGAGCUGACCAAGCUGCGUCGCCACAUGACCUGCCACACGGGCGAGCGGCCGUAUCAGUGCCCGCAUUGCACCUACGCCUCGCAGGACAUGUUCAAGCUGAAGCGGCACUUGGUCAUUCACACGGGCGAGAAGAAGUAUCAGUGCGAUAUCUGCAAGUCGCGAUUCACGCAGUCCAACUCACUGAAGGCCCACAAGUUAAUCCACAGCGUGGUAGACAAGCCCGUCUUUCAGUGCACUUUAUGCCCGACGACGUGCGGCCGAAAGGCGGACCUGCGCAUCCACAUUAAGCACAUGCACACCUCGGACCAACCGCUUCAGUGCCGGCGCUGUGGACAACAGCUGCCCGAUCGCUACCAGUACAAGCUGCACGUGAAGUCGCACGAGGGCGAGAAGUGCUACCGCUGUACGCUUUGCAGCUACGCCUCGGUUACCCAGCGGCACCUGGAGUCGCACAUGCUGAUCCACCUGGACGAGAAGCCGUUCCAGUGCGAGCAGUGUCCGCAGACCUUCCGCCAACGCCAGCUGCUGCGCCGCCACAUGAAUCUUAUCCACAACGAGGAGUAUCAGCCGCCGGAGCCGCGCGCCAAGAUGCACAAGUGUCCCAGCUGCUCGCGGGAGUUUACCCACAAGGGUAAUCUUAUGCGGCACAUGGAGAUUCACGACGAUUCGGUGAAUGCCCGCGAGAAGCAGCGCCGCCUCAAAAUGGGCCGAAGUCUGCGUCUCCAAAAGGAUGGCACUGUCAUCAUGGUGGCCAAGGAGGAAUGUGCGGAUCUUGUUGAGGAAGAAGACGGAGAGGAGGACAAUCCGGAGAGUUAUGACUUGGCCGAGAUCGAGCCGGAGAACUCUGAAGAUGAAGAUAAUGGAGACGAGGAAUUCAUACCGACCCGUCAGCAAAGUAAGCCUGCACCCGUAAUUAUCAACAAGCAGGCCAGGCGUGCUGGUUCCGGAAACCAGCCCACGAUCAUCAAUCGGCGACUUCGAGCUCAAGGCAGCACCAAAACGUUCCAUAUCAAAGAAGAGCCGGACAACGCAGACUUCACCGUGGAACUUCAAGGGGAAGACGGCGAAGUAAUGGUCGUGGAACUGGUUAAUGGCGACGAGGAGGUGGUGGUCAAGCACGAGCCGAGCGCAGCAUCCAAGAUUAGUGCCAGCAACUGCUUUGGUUUCGAGGAGGAUGAUGACUAUGAUGAAUUCGUGGACCAGGAAAACGAAGUUGACGGCGCUUCACAGGAGUUUUUACAACUGAUGGAUAUGAUUGAGCAGGAUUCCUAGUCUCCCGAAAAAAAUAAUAUGUAGAUCAAAAAACAACUAGGAACUACAAAUGUACAUACCAAGGAUACGAAAACAUAAUUGUACCCUAUGUAGUUUUCUAUUUAAAUGGAAUUUUAAAAGGUUUAAAAUCAUACUUUAUUUAAAAAAAAGUAUACACAACUAUUUUUUAAAGAUUAUUUUUAGCAUUCUUAACGUUAUAUCUUUAUUAUACCAAUCCUUAUUCGCACACAAAUUUUAUGUAAGAUUCAUCACCGAAUUUGUUUAAUGUUUUUAACGUUAAAAUGCUAAUUACUUCUCAUAAGAAUAAUAAACUUUAUGUGUAUUUAGGUAACAUUCAAAAUGAAAAUCCAUUUCAACAGAUAUGACCUGUAAAUAUCCCGUAAUAAAUGAACCCCAACACUUAACUUUAA